AUGUACCCAGACCUUGUGAAAGCUUUUCAAGCGUACUGUCCUGCAUUAAAAUUCUGUGAUACCCAUUGCGAUCCUGCAUACGCAGGGUAUGUGGAGAUCAAACCCGACAUUUCAAGGUAUCACCGAGACUCAAGCUCCGCUGCUCCUGAAGAACCAGCUGAGAAUCAGAAACUAGCGGCAGUCAACCUUGAAGAAGUGGAAAUCAUCGUCGAGGUCAAGAUCAAACCUGGAGACGAUGCCUUCGCGGACGAAGAUGGUCGGCCAUUUGAAGUGACUUCAACUCAAGGGCGAGACACUCGUGGACAAAUCACAAUGUACGCGAUUGCGCAACUCGCUGACCAACACCGUACCCAUUGCUUCUCUGUCCUGGUCGUCGGUACCUACGCUCGACUCGUUCGGUGGGAUAGAGCGGGUGCUGUUGUCACUUCCAAAUUCAGCUAUACGAGGACGCCAUGGUUGGCAACAUUCCUCCACAGGUACAACUACGCGAAUGCAGAAGUUCGCGGCAUCGACACUUCUGUGUACAGGCUCGAUAAUUUUGACGACAAGCUGAUUCAGAGUUUAAAACAGGUGGCACGAGAAAUGCUUGAAAUCCCCAACACCGAGCCGCUAUACGUCUUUGAGAUCUACGACAAUACCACAGGCAACACUGCGAGAUUUAUUGGGUCCAGACCUUGUACCAGGAAGACCGGAUAUCUGACUGGACGAUGCACUCGCUGUUACAAAGUGUACAACCCCCAAAGUAAAGAUGUCCAAUUCAUGAAGGAUACGUGGGGGGUCGCUGCAGAAGGUGUCUUGGAGGAGGCCACUGUAUACUCAAAAUUGAGGGAUGCCGGAGUACGCAACAUCUUGAGGCUCGUCGCAGCCGGGGACGUCCGUCACAGAGGAUCGCAAAACAUGCAGAACACGAAAACUCAGGACCAUGCUAAGCAGCGUAACAAUCGGCUGGAAAGUCUCCGCCAUUGUCGUCUGGUUUUCGAGGAGUGUGGGAAGAGCCUCCGAAGAUGCGAAACCGUCGGAGACAUGAUAUGUGUGAUGCGGGACGCUAUUAUUGCUCACAAGGAUGCGUAUGAGAAGGCAAAAAUCUUGCAUCGCGACGUCAGUUACGGGAACAUCAUCAUGUUGUGGGAUGGAAAAGGGGUUCUCAUUGAUUGGGACCUAGCCAAGUCCCUCGAUGAUCCACCCCCUUGUCAAAUUGAGAGGAAUGGCACAUGA